AUCGGUGUCACGGCACGGGAGAGCAGGAAAUUGCGUCUGUACCGGGCCGUUAAUUUAAAAGCGGCCCUUUCCUCCCCCCGGCCGCUCCCCGGCGCGGCGGGGGCUCCGCCGCCCGCUCCCCGCUCCCGGCUCCGGCGGCGGCCGGGGAUGCGCAGCCGAGCGCGGCGGCGGGAGAGGGCCGGGCCGGAGGAAUAAGGACCCGGCUUCUUCCCCGGUCCCACCCCCGGCCGCUUCCUCCGCAGCUCCCUCCCCUCGGCCUCCCCUUCCCCUCCCGCCCCCCACUCCCCCUAAAAUCAUCCCCCCAUCUCCCGGUAUUGAUUUCCCCGCACGCCAAUCCCAGCGCGGCGCGGCGAGCCCGGGCACCGGCGGCUCCUUCGCCCGCUCCCGCCGGGACCGGCAUCGGGACCGGGACCCGCACCGGGACCGGCGCCCCAUGGAAGGGCAGCGGCUGCGGCCGGAGCGGCUGAAGUUUGCCCGGAGCGAGGGAUGAGCGAUGGAGGGGCCGAGCCCGGCGGGAGCCCCGUGCUGCUGGCCGAGCCCGCGGCCACCGGGCGGGCCCGGGAGAAGGCGCCGACCCGGGCGGAGCUGGAGAGCGCCCUGCGCGGCGGUGGCGGAGGCGGCGGCGGCGGCGGCUUCAAGGACAUCCCCGGAACGUCGGCGGUCAGCCCCGGCUCCUCCAAGGAGUGCGCCCCGGACACCGAGAGCCCGUCGGGGACCGGCGAGGCGGAUUACUGCCGCCGCAUCCUGGUGCGAGAUGCCAAAGGGACGAUCCGGGAGAUCGUGCUGCCCAAGGGGCUGGACCUGGACCGGCCCAAGCGGACCCGCACGUCCUUCACGGCGGAGCAGCUCUACCGCCUGGAGCUGGAGUUCCAGCGCUGCCAGUCAAGGUCUGGUUCCAGAACCGCCGCACGAAGCAGAAGAAGGACCAGAGCAGGGACUCUGAGAAACGCUCCUCCACCACCUCCGAGUCCUUCGCCACCUGCAACAUCCUCCGGCUGCUGGAGCAGGGCCGGCUGCUGUCGGUGCCGGCCCCCCCCAGCCUCCUGUCCCCCGCCUCCAACCCCCUCGCCAGCCCCGCGGGCAGCGGCUCGGGCCUGGCCACGCCGGGCCCCGCGUCCCCCGGGCUGGGCGGCGGGAGCAGCCCCCCGGCACCGGCGGCCUUCAGCCUGCAGGUCCCGUCUCUCGCCUCCUCGUCCUCCUCGUCCUCCUCCUCGCCGCGGCUGCCGGGGGGGCCGCUGUGCUUCGGGGGGCCGCUGCUGGGCGGCCUGCACGACCUGCCGGGCGCCUACGGACUGGGCACCUCCGCCUUCGAGCCUUACACGCGGCUGGAGAGGAAAGACAGUUCUAUACCCAGCAAGAAGCCGAGCCCUUAAAUCAAAACGAGUGUCAAAAGGUGUCCCCCCCCUUCCUCCGCCGUCCCCUGCGCCCCCCGCGCCCCCCGCACCCCGCGCCCCGCGCCGGGGCCUCGUUGGGCUCGUGGGAUGCGGGAGAUGGCUCGUCCCGGUGGGAAUGUGCACGCGCGGGGGGCCCCGCCCCAGGCACAGCGCCGGAGCCGUGGAUGUCACACGCGGGGGGUCCCCGGGGGUCCCGUGUCACCGGUGCCGCCCCGUCCCUCACCGACGCCGCUGGACCUGCCCCCGCACCCCCUCCAGGUACCGCCCGCGGGCUGUGCCGGGACAGCGGCACCUCGGGGGGGGGCGGGGGGUCGCCGCUGCCCCGUGGGCUCUCGGUGCCUCUCACGGGCGGGACCGCGGAGCUCUGACCCCCCUGGACUGUCCCCCCGGGGUCUGCGGCGUUGGGGUCACCCCGGGGGCAGGAGGGCACCCCAAAAGGGAGAGCGCAGGGCGGCGCCGGGCUCUGUCCCCGCCCGGCCGGGGAGUCCCUGGAUGAGGGUCGUGCCUCAGUUUCUCCACCCGCGAAGGGCUGCGUGUCCUGCCUGAGGUCUCCUCGCAGCAUCCCGGUGGCCGUGGGCUCCAGGCGCUGCUCCCAUGGGAUACUGGUCCUCCGAGGGCACAUCGCCGGGUCCGGGGGGUGGGUGAUGUCCCCAACCCCCCCAGGGGUCCCUGUGAUCGGACCAAGACGCUGCCCCUACUCGUGGGACAUCCCCGGGCUCCUCCUCUGCUCCUGCAGAGCCAAAGCACCGCCCCGCACCCGCUUCGGUGCCGUCCCAGCCCGGCAAACCCCUCAGGGACCCCCUCCGACCUCCCCGAGGGGGCUGUGGGGAGCCGGGGACCGCCCACCGUCCUGAGCCCCCCCAAGGACACCCCCCGAGGGAGACGUGGCAGAGCUGUGGACAGUUGUGACACUGGGAUCUGCCCCUCUGGGUCGGGUCUUUGCCACCGGCGGGGGCCCGAAGCCCCCCCAGACCCAGCGCGGGGUGCUGAGCGCUCGGCGCGGGCACUGGGGGAGCCCCACCCUGAGCACGGGCCUCGCAACACCCCCCCCACACCUCGAUCCCCCCCCCCCGGCAGACCCAGGGUCCGUCCCAGAGAGGUGCUGAGCCCCCCGGGCGGCCUCUUCCCGCCCGGCCCCUGAUCCCGGAGGUUCCCGCGGGGCAGGAUCCGGCCUCGGGCGCGAUGUGGCUCCGUGGGGGCGAGAACCAGAGGGGCACUGCCUGAGGUGGCCUUUGGGGACAGGGGCAGCGCGGCCCCCCCGGGCCCUGCUGGGGGAGGGCAGGUCCGUGGUGUCAGG